AUGAAGGCUACAUCCCUCAACAAGUCUUCAACUGUGAUGAAACGGGGCUUUUCUGGAAGAAAAAUGCCCCGUCGUACAUACAUCACAGAAGAAGAAAAGAAACUUCCUGGACACAAACCCAUGAAGGAUAGGCUUACUCUUGCCCUAUGUGCGAAUGCCAGUGGGGAUUUAAAAAUAAAACCCCUACUGGUAUACCACUCAGAAAAUCCUCGUGCCUUCAAGGCACAUAAUGUGUCGAAGGAUAAGCUCGCCGUCUUUUGGAGGUCCAACGCCAAAGUCUGGGUCACGAGGCUUUUAUUUGUUGAGUGGGUUAAUUGCUGCUUCGGACCUGCAGUGAAAAAAUAUUUAGAGGAGAAUGAUCUUUCUCUAAAAUGCCUCCUUGUGCUCGACAAUGCCCCUGCUCAUCCUCCUGGCCUUGAAGAACAGAUACAUCCCGACUUCGACUUCAUCAAAGUGCUCUAUCUACCACCGAACACCACUUCCAUUCUCCAGCCUAUGGACCAGCAAGUCAUUGCUAAUUUUAAGAAGCUUUACACGAAGCACCUUUUCAAACGAUGCUUCGAAGUGACAGAGAGCACGCAACUCACACUCCGUCUCAGGGCGCACCUUGAACUCAGCGUGGAGGAACUCUGGGCAGCUGUGGUUGCAGAACGAGACUUUGAGGGUUUCGAAAUCCCUACUGAAGAAGAAGCUGUGGAUGAUCCUGCUCCAUUGGAGGAGUCAAAGUCUUUGGGGCUUGUUGUCGAUGAGGCUGACAUUGACAACCUACUCGACGAGCACAAGGAGGAGCUCAACACUGACGACUUGAAGACAUUGGAGGCGAUGCAAAUCAGCGAUCUUCAAGAGGAACAUCGUUCGAGUGUUGAGGAGGAGGUGGAGGUGGCACUGACAUCUACGGAAAUACGGGAAGCCAUCGCUUGGUUUGAAAACUUAAACAGUUUUAUUGAAACAAAGCACCCAGAAAAAAUGCGUACAGCUCGUGCAAUGGACAAUGUGAAUGACAUUUGUAUGAGUCAUUUUCGAAACAUUUUGAGGAGUCGUCAGAAACAGGCUUCUUUAGAUAGAUAUUUUUCGAAGAGAAAUGCCCCAGAAAGUGAAGAAGCGAGUGUUUCUAGUAAGAAAACUAGAAAGGAAAGUGAAGACGAUGAUGUAUCACCUCAAAUUUAA